AUGGCGUCAGAAGGAGUGUCUCCAGUGCUGUUCCCGGAGAUGACCAUGAACCUGGGGGUCUCCGGUUCUGCCUUCAGGGUCUUGCCCUUCCUCAAUCCGGGGCUCGCCCAGCCACCACCCUGGGAGCCGAUCCAGAUGCCCCCUCUGGUGACCUCGACCAUCGCUCCCGGCAACCCUCUGGUGCUGUCACCUUUCCCCAUGAUGCCCGUGGUGGCAGGAGCUGCGGGCCGUGGUCCCCGCGACCCUGGGCCUUGCAAGGUCAUCAUGAAGGUCAGCCCUGAGUCGGGGCCUGUGGAGUCAGCCCAGAACCAGCCUGUCAUCCUGACACAGGCUCCACUCAACUGGGGGGCCGCAGAGGCGCCAUCUGCUGGGACGGGGCAUCCUGCUCCCCUCUACUUGGCAUCCUCGGUGCCGAAGACCUUCAGGCCCGGCCCAGCCCCUAGAGGUGCCCAGGCUGGGACGGGAGACAACACUCCUCAGGCUCCCCUUCCGGUGGCCCAGGUGGCCCCCACCGUCCUCCCAUCCAGCGGUGGGUCACAGCCCCAGUGGGUUUGCGGGGACAGUGGUCCGGCCACCACCCGGAGCCAGGCACCACCUGAGAACUCCAGCAGCCCCAGGAGCGUCUAUGAGAACUUCCGGCGCUGGCAGCGCUUCAAGGCCAUGGCCUGGACGUACCUUCCUCAGACUCCGGACACUGAAGCCCUGUCCUGCUUCCUCAUCCCGGUGCUGCGCACGCUGGCCCGCCUGAAGCCCACCAUGAGUCUGGAGGAAGGCCUGCGCCGGGCGCUGCGGGAGUGGCGGGGCAAGAGCAACUUUGACCGCAUGAUCUACUACGACAUGGCGGCCAAGUUCAUGGAGUUUGAGGCAGAGGAGGAGAUGGAGGCGCAGAAGCUGCAGUGCAUGAACGGGGUGCAGGGCCUGCCACCCCCCGCCCCGCCACGGCCUGAGCCUCAGGGGGCUCCCGGCCCACCGCUGGGCCAGCAGCCAGCCUGUAUCCUCACGAAGGCCGGACCCCGGGCCCGGGCAGCCCGCCCCAAGGCACACAAACUGCAGCGGCCCCCCAAGAAAAAGGCUCCCAAGGAGAUCCCCCCUGAGGCUGUGCAGGAGUACAUGGACAUCAUGGACGAGCUGCUCAAGGUCCCCGGCACAGGCUGGGGGGCGCCCCUCGGCCGACGUGCAGCAGGCAGGAAGGAGCAGCAGGGGGAGGCCGGGACCUGCCCUGAGCCGGGGCUCCUGAGCUACGUGGACGAGCUGUGCUCCCAGGAGGCCUUUGUCACCAAGGUCGAGGCUGUCAUCCAUCCCGGCUUCCUGGCUCACCUGCUCUCCCCAGAGUCCCAGCUGGAUCUCCUGGCCCUGGCUGAGGAGCUGGAAGAGGAGGAAGGACUCACCCCCGCACAGCUUGUGGAAAAGCGUCUUCGGACCCCGCAUGACAAGGAGGUCAUCAAGGCUCGUCCCCAACACCAGGCAGGACAGGGCAUGUGUCCCGGCCACACCACCCCCACCCUGGACAGCAGGGCCCCCCGCAUGCUGGGAGUGGCCCCUCCUGGCCGGCGGCUGCCCCGGGCAGCAGAGAGCUCCAGCGAGGAGGAGGAGGAGCUGCCCAGCCUGGCCUUCCUCCUGGCCUCUCACCACAGCCUGCUGCCCUGGGGCUUCCCCGCGAGCCCUGGCCCUGACACUGGCCCCCGCUGCCCCAGAGCUCGGGUGGGCUUCUCGGCCCCCGCCCACCCACAGAGGGGCCUUCAAGCCUGCUGCCCCUUCCAGGAAGCGUCCUCUGUGUGGGGGCACUGCUGA